AUGUGCCACAAAACCACUGUGAGGCUCGGGUGUGGUCACAAGUCGAGUACCCUAUCCUCAAUCGCCUCCUGCCGCCGCCUCGCCAAGCUUCAGCAAGACGAGGACAAGACCAUUCGGUUGUUUUCUCGCUACAAAAAGCUUACCCACUGCGGUAAUCUUACCAGGGAGGAUUGCUAUGACGAGGGCCGGAUUUGCGGCUCUUGCUACGAGAAACGGAAGCAGGAGAAGCGCGAACGACGGGAGAGGGAGCAGAGGGAGGAGGUGAGGCGCAAUGAGCGGAAUGCUAAGAUCCUCCGUGACCGGGUUGAACAAGACCGUCGGGAGCGGGAGAGGAGAGAGCAGGAGAAGAAGAAUGCUAUGGAGAGGGCUGCUCGGAGGCAGAGGGAGGAGAUGGAAGAGGAGAGGAGGCGGCAGGAGAGGAGGGCUUAUCGGGAGGAGAUGGCUAGGAAGAGGGAUGAGGAGGAGAGGAAGAGGGAAUUUGAGAAGAGGGCGAGGGCUGAGAGGGCUGAGCGGGAGGCUAGUGAGAGGAGGGCGAGGCAGGAGAGGGAGGCGAGGGAGCGGGCUCAAGCUGAGGCCGAGAGGAAGCGGACCGCGGAGCGUAAUGCUGCGCGGCAAAGGGAGGAGAGGAGGAGGCGUGAGGAGAUGGAAAGAGAGGAGACAGAGGCUAGGGAGAAGAAGAGGAGGGAGAAUGCUGAGCGUGCUCGGCGGACUGCUGCUUCUUCUUCUUCCAGACGGCCUGUCCCUCCCCCUGGCCGUCUUUCUGAGCGUCGCUUCUUGAACCUUGACGCUGAAGCUCGGAGGCAGCAGGGGCUCCGCAAUACACCUACACCUCCUCCUCGGCCUGUCCAAAGGGGCAGCGCUGCUGUCCCUCCUCUUCGUUUUGCCACUCGUCAGACUCAGAUUCCUGUCCAACGCGGUCCUCAAAGACCGGUUCAGGUUGUAUCUCCCAUCCCCUCUCACUUUGCUCAGGCUGCGUUCAUUGAUCGCGGCUCCCCGGCCGUGGAUAGGUCCCAGCCCUUCUAUGGUCCUGGUCGCUCUCGGGCUCUUACUGAUCCGCUUGAUGAUAUUGUUAAUAUGUAUCAACAGCGUAGCCCUGUCGUUGACGUCUCGGAGCCUUUUAACCCAGGCUUCAGGCAAGCUGUUAACCCAACUAAUCCUAAAACUAAUAGAAACCCCGGAAGGCGUAUUGGACUGGGCAUCUAUGUGCCCGGCUCCGAGAACCGUUCUGGUCUUCGUAGGUACUUUUAG